AUGGAGGAGGCUGAAGGUAGUUCAGAGGAAUCUGAAGACACUAAGAAAGAAGGCACCCCAAUCAGGUUAAGACUUGAGAGAACCUGUAAGAAGAAGUUUCGUGACAGGCAGAAGCUUCGGAAAGGAUACUUGCUGCCAUCCGAGUCUGUGAAGAUCCUCCGUGACUGGCUCUAUAAGCACCAGCUUAAUGCCUACCCUACUGAAGGAGACAAACAAAUGCUGUCCAAGAAGACCAAUUUAUCUUACCUGCAGAUAUCCAACUGGUUUACAAAUGCCCGAAGACGCCUUCUCCCUGAACUUCUUCACAAUCCAGACAACUUUAGCAGUGAAGACCAGGCUGCCGAUGCCGAAGAGGUCAAGGCAUGGUUUAAUGCAAAAGCCAACAGGCAGGUUCUGCCCCUACCAAUACGUCAAGAAUCGCCAGAAAAACUGCAAUAUCUUGAGUCUUCUCCAAGUCAGAAGAUUAUCCCAGAAGCCCAAAAAGAGAAAGAAGAUAGUAUUUUAAGCAGUGAGCCUUGGUCUUCUGAACUUGCAUGGCCAGAGGAAAAGCCCGAUUUUAGCAGCUUCUAUAUGUUGGUUGAUGCUGCUGUACAGAAGGCAGCAGAAAUGGAGGAGCAGAAGAAGCAAUAUCCCAACCCAUAA